GGCUAGCCUGCUCCACGGAGGGCGCGGCAAGGCCGCGCCUGUAUUUCUAGUCAUAGCCGCACGUUACAUGGUCAUCUCUUGUUCAGGUGUGUGUACAGGGCCAAAAGAAACCUGUUUUCAAAAAAAAAAAAGCCAAAAGAAACCAGUGGCUUUGCUGUUCUGGUCUGCGUCACUCGACGCGCAGCACCGGCGAGCGCGAGAAAAGAUCACAUGGCCUUGCCCUUGCGCCACUCGACUCCCACUACCUCGACGCUGACCACCAGCCACCACGGCCGCAGCGCCGCCGCCGCCGUCCUCCGACGGCCAACAACCGCUUCUGGGAGCCGUUUCCUGUUGCGCGCGCGGAAGCCGGCAGCUGGGUCCCCUGCCGCGGGAGCCGAUACCGAGACGCCGUCCCGCUCGGAGAACGCCGUCCUGAAGGCGGCAUGGUACGGCUCCGAGCUCCUCGGCAUCGCGGCGUCGCUGCUCCGGCCGGCGCCUUCGUCUCCGGAGGGGGAGGCUGGCGGUGAUGCGGAGGGAGGCGCGGCGGGGGCCCUGGACCGCGCGGGAGUGGUCGAGGCCAUCAAGGAGGACUUCGCGCGAUCCUACUUCGUCACAGGGAAUCUCACGCUGAGAGCUUACGAGGAGGACUGCGAGUUCGCCGACCCGGCGGGUUCGUUCAGAGGCCUGCAGCGCUUCAAACGGAACUGCACGAACUUUGGGUCUCUGCUGGAGAAGUCGAACAUGAAGCUCACCAGAUGGGAGGACCUGCAGGACAAAUCAAUUGGGCACUGGCGUUUCAGCUGCGUCAUGUCGUUCCCGUGGAGGCCUAUUCUAUCAGCAACCGGAUACACUGAAUACUACUUCGACGCUGAAUCAGGGAAGGUGUGCAGGCAUGUCGAGAAUUGGAACGUUCCCAAGAUGGCGCUCCUGCGGCAGAUUUUCAGGCCAAGCCGAUGGGUCUGGGAGAAGCGCUAGCUAAAGGCGUGCAACUAUGCAAGAGUCGCAGCAGUAUGUCUACGUUCCAAAUGUAUCUUACCUACGUAGAUUUGUAACAUACCCUAGGGAUCACAUCACAUGACAUGUGCCAGCCCAAAAUAGAAAAGUGAUCUUAGGACAAGGAAAUUUAUAUUUACAGUAUAUGGGAGGAAAUUUAGGCCCAUCUCAGUCCGUAUUCCAGAACCUUCGGACCAUAUUUCUUCAUGGGCCUGGCCCAUUAUACAAAGAUAGGGUCCUUCUAGGGUUUCUUGUAUCGACGUCUUUAUAAGCAGAUGCUCUGGAACGGAGAGGCCUGGGCAUUGCGGCGUUGGCUCCGGACUGCAAUGGCGGCUGUAUCUCCUCUGUUCCACGUCGAGCCGCCCAGGGGUUUAUUCAACCUUGGUUUAUUCAUCUGAUGCUCACUUUCUUAGUGCUAUAUCUCUGAUUUUUUCUUUUGGCAGUUUCUGCGAUUCGUUUGGUUUCCUCUCUCUUGUGCGAUGGUACUGGUCAGAUGAUGAGAGAAUAACUGCAACAAUAUGAUCCAUGAUCUGAUUCUUAGUAUAUAAGUCUCUGAUGACCUAUCUCCUGCCAUUGCUAGUUUUUUUUCUUGUCGUGGUUGCCUUUUCUUUUACGUUUGUGAAUCUGAAUCCGCGCUGGAUGUGAUGAAGAAAAGAUUGGUCCGUGUUUCUGAUUCUCAGUGACUGAUAA